AUGCCAAUCGUCAAGAUCCACGCCCGUUCGGUCUAUGACUCCCGGGGCAACCCGACAGUCGAGGUUGACGUCGUCACUGAGACUGGACUGCAUCGUGCCAUCGUUCCUUCGGGUGCUUCCACUGGCCAGCACGAAGCCUGCGAGCUCCGAGAUGGUGACAAGUCCAAGUGGGGUGGAAAGGGGGUGCUCAAGGCUGUUGAGAACGUAAACUCAGUCAUCGGUCCCAAGCUGAUCGAGAAGAAUCUCGACGUCACAGACCAGCCUACCGUUGACAAGUUCUUGAUUGACCUUGACGGAACCGAGAACAAGACCAAUUUGGGUGCCAACGCCAUUCUUGGUGUCAGUCUCGCAGUUGCAAAGGCCGGUGCAGCUCAAAAGGGCGUGCCUCUGUAUGCCCAUGUUUCAGAUCUUGCAGGUACCAAGAAGCCAUAUGUUCUUCCCGUGCCAUUCCAGAAUGUCCUCAAUGGAGGUUCUCAUGCUGGUGGUCGUCUUGCCUUCCAAGAAUUCAUGAUUGUCCCAGAUCAAGCACCCACCUUCACCGAGGCUCUUCGAUGGGGCGCUGAGGUUUACCAGAAGCUGAAGACAUUGGCAAAGAAGAGAUAUGGACAAUCUGCAGGCAACGUGGGUGACGAAGGUGGUGUCGCCCCUGAUAUCCAGACCGCAGAGGAAGCCUUGGAGCUCAUCACAGAUGCCAUCGAGGAAGCUGGAUAUAAAGGAAAGAUGAACAUCGCUUUGGAUGUCGCAUCGAGCGAAUUCUACAAGGAGAAGGAGCAGAAGUACGACCUCGACUUCAAGAACCCCGACAGUGAUCCAAGCAAAUGGAUCACCUACGAACAGCUAGCGGACAUCUACAAGUCUUUGGCCAGCAAAUACCCCAUUGUUUCGAUCGAAGAUCCCUUUGCCGAGGAUGACUGGGAGGCAUGGAGCUACUUCUACAAGACCUCUGACUUCCAGAUUGUUGGUGACGACUUGACUGUGACAAACCCAAUCCGCAUCAAGAAAGCCAUCGAUACCAAGGCGGCCAAUGCCCUUCUACUCAAGGUUAACCAGAUCGGUACGCUGACCGAGUCUAUUCAAGCCGCCAAGGAUUCGUAUGCUGCAGGUUGGGGUGUGAUGGUCUCUCAUCGUUCCGGCGAGACUGAAGACGUCACUAUUGCUGAUAUCGUUGUUGGCCUUCGUGCUGGUGAGAUCAAGACUGGCGCUCCCGCUCGGUCCGAGCGUUUGGCCAAGCUCAACCAGAUUCUGCGCAUUGAGGAGGAACUGGGUUCCAACGCCAUCUACGCCGGUUCCAACUUCCGCAAGGCGGUCAACUUGUAA